UCCUCCGCCCAGCCGUCGCGCUAUUGGCUGAGGGCUAAUCUACUUCCUGAUUUGCUGCUGUCAGUCUCGAUCCAAAUAAAUAGUAAUGUACCUGUACCAGCGUGCACAGGUUGCCAACGAGACUACGUUUCCGCUUUUAAGGUCCUGAAGACUGGGGCCAACUGAGUGAUUUUGUUUGCGACUAAAGCCUCACGGAUUGCCCGUGUUUUCUACAAAAAAAGUUUUGCAAUGAAUCUGAACUACACGUCUCCGGUCCCCCAGAUGCCGACUCAAAGGUCAACAUCGUUCUUCAUUGAAGAUAUUUUACUACAUAAGCCUAAACCUUUGCGAGAGGUGUUUCCCUCGCCCUUUUCAAACUCUCUUGCCUCACGGAUGCCUCUUUUAGAGUAUGGAUAUCCCCUUAUGCCUACACCGAUCCUCGCUCCUCAUCCGCAUCAUCCACUUCACAAACCUGAACACCAUCCGUACUUUUUCGCCUCCGGAAUGCAGAUGCCUGCGUUAUUUCAGCACCAUCCGGAAUUACCAGGGAAGCACUGCAGACGCAGAAAGGCCAGAACAGUGUUUUCAGACUCACAGUUAUCAGGACUCGAGAAAAGGUUCGAGAUCCAGAGAUAUCUGUCCACACCUGAGCGCGUGGAACUGGCUACGGCGCUCAGUCUAUCGGAAACACAGGUAAAGACGUGGUUUCAGAACCGGAGGAUGAAGCAUAAAAAACAGCUGAGGAAAACACAAGACGACCAGAAAACCCCAAAUGAUGUAGACAGAUCGCUGGAGAACACGAGCGAGAGCGAAAUGCACGAGAAAAGUACAGACGGUAAAAACGGCAUGAGUCCGGACAGAUACACGCUGGACGACAAUGAAGAUGAUGUCGAUAUUGAAGAUGACAUUUGCUCUCCUGAACAUUUACUCUAGUAUUAUCACCCCCAUGAACAAAACAAUUACAUAUUAAUUACAAUCUUUUAGAUAGGAAAUGAUAUAUAGUUUUUUUUAUUAUUAUUAUUAUUUUGAAAACAUCAGUCUAUAUAUUGUUCAAGCGCUUAAGAAUUUUUGGACAGCUGAAGGACAUACAAAUUAUUCGUGUGUUUUCAGCAUUAUUAUUAUUAUUAUUAUUAUUAUCAUUUAUCACAAUAGUCAUGGCUUUGUGACUGACCAUUUUUGUAAAUGUGGAAUGAAUGGUACGUAAUGUACUGACAAUCUGUAAAUAGAUUUACUUGAUAAAUAAUCAUUCAAGAGAUGUAACAAUUAAUUUUCAUUCCAAUUGAAGUGUAACAUUUUACAUUUUCAGCACUUUCGCGGGAUGAUAUUGGUUGUUUGGCAUGUGGACUGACAUAUUUAUGAACUCUAAAGCUGUGACUUGUCAUUUGUUAAAACAAAUAAUGUAUAUAAACAAUGUACAUUGAGUGAAUUAUCGAAGACAAUUCUUAAACGAGCUGCUUCUUCUUUCUUUGUGCUUUGAAAGCAUAUGA